AUGGAGACAGGUAUUCUAAAGAUUCUAGAGGGGAAAGGCUAUUUACUUGCAAUCUUCGUUGUAUGCCUCUGUUCCAUGGGCCUCAUGUGCUUCUGCUGGUACCUUUACGGGGAGCUCAUAACUGAGUUCUAUCAAACCAACGUGUCUGAAGACUUUGGAAAAGAAGAAAGAAAGCAGAAGUAG